AACAAAAACGCUUAUCUGUAUAUCUGGAUUCAUCGUUGCAACCGAUUAUCGUCGCACGUAUUGUACCUGUGACAAUUGAGAACAUCACGCAAAACCAUUUGCAUGGCUUUUAUCCUUUAAUUCGCAUCUCGAUAUCGUCAUCCUCUCAGCUCGUUUUGGUUUUGCACCUAUGGCUCGUCUGCGCAAAGCUAGCCCAUUGGAACCCAGGAUAUUGGUUCCAACCCCAAAAGAACUUCGCACAAGCCGAUCACGUCCUAGAAAGACGUUUCCCGAAAUCAGUGACAUCAUCUCGGCGGAUGAAGAUGAGGAAAAUGAUUCCCCUGAGCCAAAAUCAUCGAAGCGCGAUCAUCACUCAGACAAGCCGCAUGCAAGCCCCGCAAUGUUUACUUUGUCUUCCCGUAAACAGCGCAUUGCACGUCCUGUCAAAAGCAACGACUGCCUGGUGAAGAAGUUGAGCUUUGAGAGUCUCGCAAGUUCAGAAAAGCAACCUAGAUUGGAAAGGAGGGCACGACAUGAAAGAUGUGGGAGCGAUGCCAGCGAAUCCAGCAUUAAAAGGAGACGUGAUAUGAUGUUUAUGAGAAGUCUGGCAAGAAAUGUUGUGGGGAGAGAUUUGAAGAGAGCCAGCUCAAAAGUCAAUGUGGUGGAAGCUGAAGAGCUGCAAAAUCCCAGCCAUCCAAUGCAGGAGAAGAAUGCAGCAGCUGUGGAUCUUCUACUGGGGGAGUCUGACCUAGACGAGGAAACGAGCAUAAUAUGCGGGAAUGAGGCGGAUGUUGCUUUGGAAGUGGAGGAGCAACAUGAUGCGACCGAUGACCUCGAAAACCCACCUGGAGGACGCGAACAACAAAGCGACGAAGAAGACGAAGAAGACGAAGAAGACGAAGAAGACGAAGAAGACGAAGAAGACGAAGAAGACGAAGAAGACGAAGAAGACGAAGAAGACGAAGAAGACGAAGAAGACGAAGACGCUGUCAUCCAGCCGAACAGGCAGAGACAAAGACAUAUGCGACGGCAGAGAUGUAUUGAUUCAGAUUCCGAGUCUGAGUACGAAGAGGAAAUUGUUGCUGCGGAUAAAGAACAAGAGCGACAAGAGCCACUAACGAACGAGCCGGAAUCACAGGUGCCCAUGCGGCCGCCUCAUAAAAAAGGACAUAGCACUAUAACAAAUUGGGCGCAGGAAGUCCUGUACUCAACAGAGUCGUCUAACACGUCAGAGCCGUUGAUCCCGUCAAAGCCAGGACGUGCUCACUCGUCCUCGUUCGUGAGUUCGGGUUCAGUGACACCCUCAUUCAAUGAUGCUCAGCCAUUCUUGGUAUACUCCCCAACACCGACAAAGAAGCGCUCUCCACGCAAAGCACCUCCCAUGUUACGUCCAACAACUCCAACAUUCACGCCUGGCAGCCAUACAAAACUUGUCUCGCCCUCGAAGAAGAAACCGUUGAGUGCAGGGUCACCAGACCUGCGACCAAGUCUUGACGCGUUCUGGAAUCCUGAAGUAGUCAAUGAUUGGAACGACCGCCAUUCUCCUGUAAAGAGACUUGUGUCUCCAAGUAAGCAGCAGUGGCGCGAUGAUAUCUCCAAAAUGAUGGGUGGGAUGGACCUCGAACCAUGCAGUAGCAGUGACGAAGCGUACACAAAGCCUGUCUCGAGCCGUACCAAGGAGACUUCCCAGCCGCACUCUACAAAAGGGAUGGCUACCACCAUGCUGAAGCCUAGUAUCAAGGGGCUUCGAGCACAGAGAAAGGACUUUGACGAGCAAAAGGACGAGAUCGCAACCUCCUUUUUGGCUGAGCUGGACAAUACUAUCUGCUCAAGUACCAUCACCAAACUCUCUCAAACGACAGGCGGUAUCAAAGUGAUCUGGUCGAAGACGUUAAAAACAACAGCUGGCCGCGCAAACUGGCGACGUGAAGUCAUUCGCUUGAAGACUUCGUCCACGCCUCCAACGUAUACGGCUGAGAUACGGCAUCACUGCUCAAUUGAGCUGGCUUCGAAAGUGAUUGAUGAUUUGCCACGGCUUUACAACGUGCUCGCGCAUGAAUUCUGUCAUCUACUCACAUUUAUGGUCAGUGAGGUCCGCAAUAACCCACAUGGCGCCGAGUUCAAGGCUUGGGGCCGUAAGGUCAGCACCGCAUUCGCUGAGAAGGGUGUGGAAGUUACUACCAAGCACAGCUACACAAUUGACUACAAGUUUAUUUGGGAAUGCGUCAGCUGCGGAUACGAGUUCAAGAGACACAGCCGCAGUGUUGACACGAAGCGACACAGUUGUGGCAAGUGCAAGGGUACCCUUGUGCAGACCAAGCCCGCGCCGAGGACUGUCACAGUCAGCAAGAACGGUGAAUUAGCGAAAAAGAACGAGUAUCAGGCCUUUGUGAAAGAGAACUUUGGGAGGAUAAAGCAAGAAAUGGCAGGAAAUGGAGAUAAGACACCAAUAGGAAAGGUAAUGGAAGUUGUAGCGAGACAGUAUAGAGAGUCAAAGAACCAAAACCAGAUACAGCAUAACACGACCCAGGCUGUCCAAGGCCUUAACAAGGCAAUUCAGGAGCUUAGCCUAUAGAGUAUAGUCAAAGCAUAAUCUUAGAUAGAUAUCUCUACUAUUAGUAGAGAAUAAAAUAGACUCUGUUUUUACAAGACUCUAGUUAUAGGCAAUAGUACUUAC